GGGCCACCUCAGUCAAAUAAUCUAGACACGCCGCUGAAUAUGAGUAUGAGAGAUGAUUAUCAAAUGUCUGGUGUUGUGUCUAGAAAAAAAAAGUAUUUUUUAUGGGCUGUUGGUGUGUGUUGAGUAUAUCAGAGUACAAGUGUGUGUGUGUGUAUGUGUGUGUGUUCAGAGAGAGAGAGAUGAAGUAGAAGAGGAGGUGGGGAAAGAGGAGGCGCUUGAACCUGGGGAGGCGGAAUGAGCAGAAAGUCUGGACAAGCUUUCAAAGCGCGAGGACAGACAGGAGCUGAUAUAAACGUGCUGCCCUUCACUCGGGGCUAUCAGGGGCUAAAGGAAACAGCGCUACCUCUUCCGCAGCUUCAGAGAGACAGCGGCGCGCGCAGAGCUCCGGCUCAUGUAGACGCGGCACGCGGCCAUGGCCACGCUGGAGGGCUGCCGCUGCCGAGGCGCGAGCGGCAAAAACAACAACAGCAUCCUCUACAGCAUUUUGAAAAGUGACAGCCUCGCCAACGCGGAGGAGCAUCAGCAACAACCUCAACAGCAACAAGAACAACUACAAAAACUGUUCCACAAGACUUCAUCCUCCUCCACCUCCUCCAUCAACGCCGCCCCAGCCUCCUUACAGGAACUCCGGCAGCAGGCGUGCUCCUGCGGCUCCACGCGGCGCCGGGGCGUCCUUCGCUCCCCGCAGGUGACGUGCAAAGCCGCCUCGGCUGUUCUGGUGAAGACGCUGCGCUUCGUGAAGAACGUGCCCUGUUUCCGCGAGCUGCCGGAGGACGACCAGCUGAUGUUGAUACGCAGCGGGUGGGCUCCCCUGCUCGUGCUGGGACUCGCUCAAGACCGCGUGGACUUUGAGACGACGGAGACAGUGGAGCCCAGCAUGCUGCAGCGCAUCCUCACUGGUUUACCGGACAGGCAGAGCGAGGUGCCAGCGGCCGGGCAGAGCAGGGGGGCGGUGGGGGUCUCUGUGGUGGAUAUCGAGGCUAUCAAAGCGUUUCUGAAGAAGUGCUGGAGUGUCGAUGUUAGUACGAAGGAGUAUGCUUACCUGAAGGGGGCUGUGCUGUUUAACCCAGAUGUUGAGGGCUUGCGCUGCCUCCACUACAUCCAGUCCCUGCGUCGUGAGGCACACCAGGCUCUGAACGAGCACGUGAGGCUGACCCACCGCGAGGACACGACACGCUUCGCCAAGCUGCUCAUAGCUCUGUCCAUGUUGAGGGCCAUCAGCCCGCUGGUGGUCGCUCAGCUCUUCUUCAGACCCGUAAUAGGGACUGUUAACAUCGAGGAGGUGCUCAUGGAGAUGUUCUACGGGAAGUAGGUCACUGUCCAUGUGUGUUGAUGGAGGUGGAUUCAGCAGAUCGGGAUCAGGAUUGGACUGAAAUGCUCCUAACUGUUUCUUUUGGGUAGGAUAUGGGCGCAGAUGUGGAUAAUAAGGACUGAAUUUACUACUGUUUAACAGGAGAUGAUCAAGGACUGUAAAUUGACCAGCACAGGCAGGAGUGUGUGUGUGUGCAUGAGAGAAAGCAAGAGAGUGUGUUGAAGUCAAGAGAGGCUUUAUUGAGGAAAAUUACGAAGCAGCUGCUGGAAUUCCUAACUUAUUUGUUUUUUAUAAAAUAUUUUUCUAUAAUAAAAAGGAUACUCUCCAAAUUU